AAAUUGGAUUGCCUGCAAAUUGGCUGUUGAUGAUGUGUUUCGUUUUAUUAAAAUAAAAAAAAUAAUAAAAUAAGCCACAAUUUAUAAUGUGUAGACGGUUAUAACAAUAUAACAAUCAUGAAUUUUAACGCUUCAAGAAAUGUGGCACACUCUGGCCCUCGUAAGGCCAAGAGAGUUAGCGAUGUUAAUGCAAUGGGGGCUCCAUCGCCGCUACCUCCAUAUAGUCCCAACCCUGGUUUUGGGGAUGCAUACCCUCCAGCGGGACCACCUCCCCCUUACCAACAGGGAAUAUCCUUAGAUCCUGUACAGGAAUUUGGACAACAAAAUCCUACUGGCAGUUUUGGUUAUCCUGGAGGAUUCCCACAAAGUCCGAUGGCCUCGCCACAACAGAUUGGUUCCAUGCUGCAACAACCUAUUGUUCAGGACAUGGCUCUCCAGUACGGAAACCAGCUCGCGGCGCAGGGCCGCGACGUGGUGAAGCGAGAGCUGGGCAAAUACCUGCCCGUCUCCAGGAUGAGGUACUACUUCGCUGUGGACACGAGAUAUGUGCUGAGGAAGCUGCUACUCAUCAUAUUCCCCUAUACGCAUAAGGAGUGGAUGGUGAAGUACGACCAGGAGACGCCGGUGGCGCCGCGCUACGACCUCAACGCGCCCGACCUCUACAUCCCCGCCAUGGGCUACGUCACCUACGUGCUGCUGGCUGGCUUCAUGCUCGGUCUGCAGCACCGCUUCUCGCCGGAGCAGAUCUCGAUCCAGGCGUCCAGCGCGCUUGCGUACAUAAUCUUCGAGAUGGUGCUGUACCUGGCGACGCUGUACAUCACGCAGACGAGCACCGCGCUGACCACGCUCGACCUGCUGGCCUUCUCCGGGUACAAGUACUCGGUGAUGAUAUGCAGCCUGCUGGCCGGGCUGCUGCUGGGCGGCACGGGGUACUACUGUGCGCUACUCUACUGCAGCUUCGCGCUGUCUUACUUCUUGGUAAAAACACUCAGGCUACAGAUUCUGUCCGGGGGUUCGCAAGCCCCCGACACCAGUUACAACAACUAUUCGACGUACAACACCCAAAACCCCUAUGUGGACAACUGGUCGAAGCCAAGUGGUGGUGGGACCAAGCGGAGAGUCUACUUCCUGCUCUUUGUGGCCAUAACCCAACCGUUCCUGUCCUGGUGGCUCACAUAUCAUCUCAUACCGCCAUCUGUGGUCCUUCAAGCACGAUAACUAUUUUUUAUCUGUAGUUCUAAGUUUGAAUGUUGGUACGUUUUUUAAUAAAUGUUGGCGCUAAAA